CAGGAAGCAAAUAUGGAAAUUAGAAACCCUAGAGGACAGGGAGAGAUUUAUAUAUAUAUAUAUACUACUUGGCGUCCAACCAAACAUCCCUUGUUUGCGUUUCCCGGAAAUUCUUUUGGCCGCUUUCAUUCUCAGACUUUUAAUUCCCCAACCUUAUUUACGGGCACAAUAUUUGGAUGCGUUUCUACUUUAUUUCCCCACAUUUAUAAGCCCUUUUCCAUUUAUAUUCUGCAUUUCGGAGCUCCCUCCUAUUCAUCAUCACUCAUUCAAUCAAUCUUGAUUGUCAACUACCUCUCCCUCCCUCAGGUGCGUUUUCUCUCAUUCCGAGAUCAUAAUCAGAUUCUUUCAUUUUAAAGAUUUGAUUAUCUUCAUUUUCUUGGAGAAAAAAAUAUGGGAAAGCCUAGUGCAAAGAAGAAAAUUCAUAUUGGUCCAAAAUCCAAUGACGGAAACACCAAGCACGUCAAAGCAAACUCCAAGGCAUUUGAUGAAGACACUGCCAUCUUCAUCAACAUGUCUCAAGAAUUGAAGGAAGAAGGGAACAAAUUGUUUCAGAAACAUGAUCACGAAGGUGCUAUGUUGAAGUAUGAAAAGGCCCUCAAAUUGCUGCCAGCCAACCAUAUUGAUGUUGCUUAUUUGCGGACCAAUAUGGCUGCUUGUUACAUGCAAUUGGGCAUCGGCGAGUACCCUCGAGCAGUAAAUGAAUGUAAUUUGGCACUUCAAGUAGCUCCCAAGUAUAGUAAGGCUUUAUUGAGGAGAGCAAGGUGUCACGAGGCCUUGAAUAGGCUUGACUUGGCUCUAAAGGAUGUCAGCAAUGUAUUGAGCAUGGAACCAAAUAACUUGACUGCAUUGGAGAUUGCAGACAAUUUGAAAAAGGCAAUCGAUGAAAAGGGUAUGCAGGUCGAAGACAAAGAAAUUGUUAUGCCCCCAAGUGAAGCUGAGCCUACUUCUGCCCCUGUUACUGGAAAGAUUGUCAAGGAGAAGGGGAAAAAAAAGAAGAGCACCAAGUUCGAAAAGAAGAAUAUUUUGGAACCCGAGGAGAAGAAUGUCAGUGAAGUUGAGGAAAACAAGGCUGAGGACAAGGUGGUUGUAGAAGAGAAAAGAAGCUUUAAGGAAGAAAAGGUAGUCAUGAGGUCGGUGAAAUUGGUUUAUGGAGAGGACAUAAGAUGGGCACAGUUACCCGUAAAUUGUGGUGUUCGUUUGGUGAGGGACAUUGUUAUAGACAGAUUUCCAAGUUUGAAGGGUGUGCUCAUCAAGUAUAAGGAUCAAGAAGGUGAUUUGGUUACCAUAACUACCACGGAUGAGCUGAGGAUAGCCGAGGGACUGGCCGAAAAUCAAGGGUUUUUGAGACUGUACAUUGCCGAAGUUAGUCCUGACAAAGAACCUCUUUAUGAUGGAAUGGGUAUUGAAGAGGAAGUACACGAAAGCAGUGAGAAACCAUCAAUGGUUACAGUUGAAAGUAAUUUAGACAAAGGGUCGUCCUGUGUUGAGGAUUGGAUUGUUCAGUUUGCCAGGCUGUUCAAGAAUCAUGUUGGGUUUGAGUGCGAUUCGUACUUGGAUCUUCAUGAAAUAGGAAUAAAAUUGUAUUCGGAAGCAAUGGAAGAUACUGUUACAAGUGAAGAUGCUCAAGGGCUGUUUGAUAUUGCUGCAGCCAAGUUCCAGGAGAUGACCGCUUUAGCCUUGUUUAAUUGGGGAAAUGUUCACUUGUCUAAGGCAAGGAAGCGGUUGGUUCUAACUGAAGAUACCUCUGCUGAAUCCACGUUGAUGCAGGUUAAAACUGCUUAUGAGUGGGCACAAAAGGAAUAUGUGAAUGCAGGUAUGAGGUAUGAAGAAGCUCUCAAGAUCAAGCCUGACUUUUAUGAAGGGCUUCUUGCCCUUGGCCUGCAGCAAUUCGAACAAGCAAAGCUUUCUUGGUAUUAUGUAAUUGGGAGCAAGUCUAACUUAGAGAUAGGGGCAUCUGCACAGGUACUGGAGCUAUAUAACAAGGCCGAGGAUAGCAUGGAGAAAGGGAUGCAAAUAUGGGAAGAAAUGGAAGAGCAGCGUCUUAAUGGUCUCUCCAAGCAUGAAAAAGAUAAAGCAGAGUUGCAAAAAUUUGGGUUGGAUGAGUUGUUUAAAGAUAUUUCAGAAGAUGAAGCUUCCAAGCAGGCAGCAAAUAUGAGGUCUCAGAUUUACCACUUAUGGGGUACAAUGCUAUACGAGCGCUCUGUUGUGGAAUAUAAGUUGAGCCUACCAACUUGGGAAGAAUGUCUUGAGGUUGCAAUCGAAAAGUUUGAACUUGCUGGGGCAUCACAAACAGAUAUUGCAGUCAUGAUAAAGAACCAUUGCUCAAAUGAAACUGCUCUAGAAGGAUUCAAAGUUGAUGAGAUAGUACAGGCAUGGAAUGAGAUGUAUGACGCUGAUAGGUGGCGGACUGGUGUGGCUGCAUUUCGUUUGGAACCACUAUUCAGAAGGCGCUCUCCGAAACUUCAUUCUGUUUUGGAGCAUCUUUGAAUGGUCUUGCUUGGUGAUGUUGGUUUAAUAGGAAGAAGAAGCAUCAGAAUUAGUUUUAAAUGCUCUAUUGGUCAUUUGGCCCACAUUAUUUAAGUAAGUUGAUGCUGCAAAUUGGUUAUUGAAUUGCCGAGGUUAGCUGCACUGUUUUUGUCCACUGACUCUAGCAUUGUUAUGUUAGAUUCAUGUAGAUGUUUGUGAUAGUGAGUCAUUUAAAUGCGAUGUAGAUGUUUGUCAUACUGAGUUAUUUGUGUAGAACCUUGCAUAUUUAUAGUUGCAGUAUUUAUGCUGUAUGGUCUUAGAUGGAAUGGGAGAUUGGAGUUGGAAUAGUUGAUGAUUUUAUAAUGAAUCACUUGUUUCUGUGUUGGUGUGAAUGAGGAUGGGAUGGAUUUUAAGAAUAAAGUUGAUGGUUGGCUGCACGGAGUAUAGGGGAUUUGUUUAUUGAAGUUGUUUAGUUGAGCUGAACCAAAUGUAAGGAGUGAGGUGCACUUUUUAGCAGCAAUGGUCCUCUGGCUGGGUAGCUGUUUACAAUACAGUAAUUUGUUGCAGGUCCUCUGGUUAGCUGUUUUGUGAGUUUUGAUUGGGUAAAAUGGUUGUGAAGGCAAGAAGAAGUAGAAGUAGUUGGAUUUGUUGUUUGAGAAGCAUUUUGGUGUAGUGCAGCUCUCAACAAGUUGCAUUACACGGAAUUGUUAUAGGAUUGAUUGAAUUUGUAAAGUGUUAUUGUUUUGGGGAGAGAUAGAGAGUGGUGUAUUGAGAAAUUGAGAUGGAGAGGUUGUUUGUAUUUAUCACGUAUUCCAAGUUUUUGUGGUGGUUUUAUUUUUGUCAAUUUUUAUCUAUCAACUAUUUUUAAUUUGGUUAUAAC